UGGUAUGAAUAUUAGCUUUUGAGGAAGAUGAUGAUGAUGGACAAGAAGAGAUGUUUCUUUGCUGUGUCGUGAGCAGAAGAACACUAGCAAUUAAACCAAUAAAGCAACAAAUGCAUAAAUAAAUCUAUGGACAAAUAGCAUGAAGGAGAAUAUGGAGGAGAUAAAAGCAACACUAAGUAGGGUCAGGGCUGAGUAAUCACUGCAGCCUGAUAUCAGUGGACCAGCCCAGACACCUCACAUGUUCCUUCAAACUCUUUUAGUUCAUCACUCCACCAUUUCAGUCAUUGAUUGGUGGUCAAGUUCAAGUUGAAGGAGGCUCCAAACUUGACCUCCGGGUCACUGUCAGAACCCAACCCUCUCACAGAGGCUCCACCCAGCCGGUCUGUCACAGCUCCAUCUUUUUGGACAGACGAAGACGAAGAAGUGUCGUCUGGAUGUGUGUCGUCUGGAUGUCUCCUCACAUUUGGAUUAAAAACUUGAAAACAUGAAGUUGACAUGGAUGAUGACAAUGAUGAUAACGAUAAUGAUGAGGAUGUCCUGCUCAGGUGUAGGCGGGGCCUCUGAGCUGUCCUUCUUGAAAGAGCCCAGUGAUGUCAUCGCCGUGAAAGACCGCCCACUGAUGCUGGACUGUCUGGUAGAGGGGGAGGGGCCUAUCUCCAUCACCUGGAGGAAAGACGGUGUCGCUGUGGAAACAGGAGUGCUGGCAAAUGGAACGCUGCUCAUCAGCAGUUUUUCCAAGAAGAGGCGGGGCAACGCAACAGACGCCGGCGAGUACGACUGCGCUGCCCGGAACCGCUACGGCAUGCUUAUCAGCCGCAAGGCCCGAGUGCAGCUGGCAUCCCUCCCCAAAUUUGUGUCCCACCCACAGUCAGUGGUGGUGGAUGAAGGGGGCGUGGCCAGACUCACCUGCCAGGUGAACGGUAUCCCUGAGGCCAACAUCAGCUGGCACAAAGACCGACGCCCACUGAGCACCCAGGACCACAGGUAUACACUGCUUCCCAAUGGCGUGCUGCACAUCAACGCCGUUCGCCAAAAUGACAGCGGAUUGUUUCGUUGCGUGGCGUCCAACGUGGCCAAGACGCGCUACAGUCACGAGGCCCGGCUGUCUGUCACCCGGGCAGGAUCCAGGACCUACAAGGAGCCCGUCAUCCUGUCUGGUCCCCAGAACCUCACCAUCAACGUCCAUCAGACCGCCAUCUUGGAAUGCAUUGCCACAGGAAACCCGCGGCCCAUCGUGUCGUGGAGUCGCCUUGACGGCCGCUCCAUCGGCGUGGAGGGCGUCCAGGUUUUGGGAAGCGGGAACCUGAUGAUCUCAGACGCCACGCUCCAACAUUCUGGAGUUUAUGUUUGUUCCGCAAACCGUCCGGGAAGUCGAUCUCGACGUACGGCGCUCGGACGCCUCGUGGUGCAAGCACCCCCUGAGUUCGUCCACUGGCCCCAGACGGUCUCCCGGCCAGCAGGGGGCAGCACUGUCUUCAGCUGUUCGGCGACCGGCGUUCCCAAGCCCCACAUCAUCUGGCUCAAAAACGGAAAACUACUCGAUCUGGGUGCCAACAUCAAGCUCGCCAAUGGAAACACGACGCUCGCCAUCACCCGCAUUGCCCCCAGUGAUGAGGCCAUCUACCAGUGCAUCGCCGAGAACAGCGCCGGUGCCAACCAAGCCAGCGCCCGUCUGGCCAUCAGCCAAGGACCUGACCUGCCCGAAGCCCCGAGUGGCCUCCUGGUCACGCCCCUUAGCUCAAGUAGCCUUCAUCUUACGUGGGAGAAGCCACCAGAAGACGUCAGCCAGCAUAUAAUCGGAUAUGUCCUGCACAUCCGGAGGCUUGGAGAGGCUGACAGUGAAGAGCUACAGGAGGCCGUCAGUAAGACCACAUUUCGUCACGAGUUCUCCAACCUGGAAGCAGCCACCACCUACUCCAUCUACUUGAAGGCUUAUUCUGCUCUGGGAGGAAGUCGACAGUCCAGCGUCGUCAUCUCCACCACACUAGGGGGCGUUCCCAGUCCUCUCAGUUUCCUCACAAAGGUUCUGAACCAGACGGCCUUGCGGGUGUACUGGGAUCUGCCCAGUAAGCCAGGCAAGGUGGAGGGCUUCAGACUGGAGUACUACAGGGUUUCCAACCCUCAUCUCAAGGGCCAGGAAACCUUUCCAGGACAUAUCAACACACACAUCUUGUCCAACCUCGAACCACACUCACUUUAUGAGAUCCAGCUGGCAGCGUUUAACGGGAAUGGAGAAAGUCCAGUCACCCGUCACCUCGUGUCCUUGGAGGAGGACAAAAAGACUGCAGCAGCAGGUCCGAGUUGCAAGUGCGACUGGUCUGAGAGUUCCAGGUGGACGGUGCUGCUGGGCGUCCAUGGCAGUGUGGCGUGUGUCCUCUGCUUCCUACUCUUCGUCCUGCUGGGCUACAGACGAAGGAAACCCCCGCCUGCUGUGAGUGAUGUCAGCGCUUCAGCCGAGGACGCUGAGACGAGGUGUGACUCCGCCCCUUCCCCUGUGAUGGUCAUGUUGGAAAUGACUCCACCACAUGACAGUCACACCUCUUGCCUUUAGACCUCGCCCCUUUACAGCUUUACAUUAGGUCACAUGACUUCCUCCUCACCGAAAGCCAAAAAAGUGGACCCAAACAACCUAGGAGAAGCUUCAACAAGCUUCCUUUUGAAACCAAAAGUGUGCACACUGAGGCCUUCCUUCUAAGUGGACCCUCGCCCUCAUCACGUGAGCAGGUUGACAUCUUCAUAAUGUUCACAGCUCGUCUGCCUUCUGCGUGUUCACAAACGUCAAGUUCUCCAACAUGUUGACCUCCAAAGAGAACCACCUUGACACCAAACCACGUGACCUUUUCUGCCAGUUUACGCUCAAGAUCUACCUCAAAACCAAAUCCCAUCCCUUGCUUCACGGCAACCAAGGUCUGUCUGAAAGGACAGGCGCGCUAAUGUUUGGACUGUUGACAUUGAAUUGAAAACUUUCGUCAAGUUGAAGUCGUUAGAAACUUGCAUAGAUUUUUGCGUUCGGAGUUUCACGUCAAGUCAGUAACGAGGCGGACGGAGGACUACCGUCCAAAGAGGACUUUUCUGAGUUGUCUUCGACAACGGAACCAAAAUGUGUUCUUCUUGUUUAGAUGAAGUGUGAUGCUGCUACCCCCUGCUGUCCACAUGAAGCAAUGCUUUAAACACAUUUCUAUUCUCUUCGUAUGUUUUAUUCUCAUGAAAAAAGAUGCUUUAAAGUUUGUGUCACACUUGAUCUUAGUUUGUUUCUUUUAGGUCAA